AUGAAGCCCGGGACGGUGGUUCGUGUCCGCACGAGGACUGCGACGCUGAAGACGGGGCAGGUUCUCGUGCUCUGCCUCAAAGCCACGAUCGUGUCGUCGUCCACCGACGGAGGCUACGAGGUUGUCUACGACGCCAACUGGCCACGCGGUGAUCCCAAGAGCGCCGUAUACGUAGCGCCGCACCAAGGCAGGCUGAUCAAUCCGUCUCCGUCGCCGAUGACACCGCCGCAGUCCCUGCCUCCGCCCACCGCCACUGUCGCCGCGACAACGAAGGAGAUGCCGAGGCCAACCACGGCAGGGAAGAGCCUGGGCCUCAUCCGCAUCCUCUUUCCGGAGAUGGAGCUCCCGGCCCGAGCUUGA